AUGGACGAAUUCGACCCGACGCAGCAUACCCAUCGUAGAUACAACCCAUUAACAGACGAGUAUAUCCUCGUCUCUCCUCACCGUGCCCGUCGUCCCUGGCUAGGCCAAAUCGAGCCUCCCCAGCCCUCGUCUCUCCCUCAAUACGAUCCAUCAUGCUAUCUCUGUCCAGGCAAUAAACGUGCUGGAGGUCACCAGAACGACGCAUACACCUCAACUUACACAUUCAAUAACGACUACGCUGCACUCGCACCUGCACCUGUCCCUCCCCCACCCGAACCUGCUCACCCCUUACUGGCAUAUAAUAGCGUACAUGGGGAAUGCGACGUCAUCGUGUUCCAUCCUAGACACGAUCUUACCCUCGCGAGACUAAGUCUAGAUGAUAUAUCCAUCGUGAUUCGUGAAUGGAUCCGGAUCUACGAGGAAAGAAGUAAAGAAGAAGGAAUUCGUUAUGUCCAAAUCUUUGAGAACAAAGGAGCAAUGAUGGGCUGCUCAAAUCCCCAUCCACAUAACCAAGUCUGGUCCAUGUCCGAUAUACCAACCAUUCCCGCCAAAGAAUUUGCUUCCCUACUUCGAUACGCACAGAAGCCUCAAGAAUCCAGCCAAGCUCCGAGAGGUCCAGAGAACCGCCCUUGUCUCCUCUGCGAGUACGCUCACCUCGAAGUGAACGACUCCAAUGGCGAACGUAUAGUCUCCAAGAACGAAGACUGGGUCGCUCUGGUACCUUGGUGGGCGACCUGGCCCUUCGAAGUCCUCAUGCUUCCCUACCGCAGACACAUCCACUCCCUCCCAGAUCUCACACCAACCGAACUCGCCUCAUUCGCCCGGAUCCUCUCCGAAAUCACACUUCGCUACGACAACCUCUUCACCUGCUCGUUCCCUUACUCGAUGGGUAUCCACCAGGCCCCUCUCUCUAAGGCAGCGGCCAUUGCAAAGAACGAAUGUCUAGAAGAAUAUAGUAUCGCUCACUUACACCUGCAUUUCUUUCCUCCGCUUUUGCGUAGCGCAUCUGUGCGCAAGUUCCUCGUAGGAUUCGAGCUCAUGGCUGAAGCACAAAGAGACUUAACACCCGAGCAAGGUGCUAGCCGCUUACGCGAAUGUGCUUUAAAGCACUACGCCGAUUCCUUACAAUGAAUAUCGGAAUGCUCUAAUGUAUUAUUAAUAAUUCAAGAAGCAAAAGAGAGAAAUGUCAAGUCCAUACACAGCAAUGAACGGGGCAUGCAUACACUGCGAGAAUACACAAAAAAGCAUAUAUAAUGUACUAUUCGCUUUUCACUUUCCUCGUCGUCGGGACAACCCACCUCCCCGUCAAGUGAUUCACCCUCAACACCAAAAGAUCUGUAAACAUCCUAAUCGAAUCCGUCACCAACCUUAACUUGCUCUCCGGCACCUCCGUCCAAGUAAUCGGUACCUCAGCUACAGGGAUCCGCUGCAUCUUCGCCAAUAGUAGGAUCUCCACGUCGAAUAUCCAUCCUCUAAGAUGCUGGUAGGGGAAUAUGAGCCGUGCGGCCUCGCGAGUGAAUAGCUUGAAUCCGCAUUGUGUGUCACGGACGUGUCCGACGCCAACAAGUCGUAGAGUAAGAUGUAAAGCUCGCAUAGCCAGAUUCCGAAGAACCGAACGCUUGACCACCGCCUCCGUAUUCACAAGAUGCGCCCGGCUCCCAACAACAACAGCAGGUAUAUCCUCCCCACCAUGAUCGACGAUCUUAUCCAUCUCCCUCCACAACAUCUCCAAAUCCUCAAACCGACUCGCCCCAUCCGCAUCAACCAUCAACAGCCUCCGUCCCCGAGUAUGUAACAUCCCGUGCCUCACAGCACCUCCCUUCCCAAGGUUCCUCUCCAACGAAACGACCCGAAUAUCCAUCGUGCUAUACUCUUCAGCCAGACUUAAUGCUCUUUCAGCUGUACCGUCCGAGGACCCGUCGUCGACAAUCAAAAUCUCGACAUUCCGUCCAACGUAUUCAGCACUGGUUAGAUGCUUAAUUGUGGUCUCGAGCAUCGAAGGUAGCCUCGGUACUUCAUUAUAAGCAGGGAUCACAAUGCUGAGGUCUACACUCGCAGGUACAGGCUCUGUGAUAUGCGGC